AUGCCCUACAUAGUUAAAGCUUGUGUUCUACACAUACUGCUGGCCGGCGCAUUCAUGGGCCAAGCUGUUCUCGCCAGCCCCCUCACCCACUUCCAUUCCAGUGAUGUCUUGCCUGUCGAGGCCCGUACUGAACAGCCGGACUACAUCACCGAGGAUUUUAACAAGCGCGGCAAGACAGCCCCUAAACUGGCAACUGCAGACUUCCCCAGCAAGAGCUACACCUGCCCGAAAACCGACGCGUACACGGAGACCACCUACACCUCCGGACAGCUGGCGAAGGCAUACAUUGACGCUGCCAAGUAUGCCAACGAGGGUAAAAAGCUUGGAAAGAACAAGUACCCCCACAACUUCGCCAACCAUGACAAGCUACCUUUCAAGUGCGGCGCCAGCAAGCAGGAGUUCGCUCUGGACCGCGAGAAUCCCGCGCGGAUCUACAGCGGCGGUGAUGUCAAGAAGUUACCGGAUCGGCUCAUCUUCGAGUAUACUGGAACAGGCAAGACUGCGAGAGCGCGCUUCUGUGGCGUGAUUCGCCACUAUGAGGAUGGUUUUGUCAACUGCUCUGCCCUUUGA